AUGAGCUCUCCAACGCCAUCAUCCAGCGCAUCCUCCUCAGCGCCAACAGCAGCAGUCUCCGAAACCUCAGGCAUCCGCGCAGUCCUCCGAUACAGCGGCAUUCCGCCCUCCCUCCUACGCGUCCCAAAAUUUCGUCUCCCAUCACGCAACUGGCUCAUCUUUCUUGGCGUCUCCGGCUCCCUCGCCAGCCUAUUUAUUUAUGACAGGAGGGAGUGCAAGCGUAUCAGAAGGGAGGCGUGUGAGCAGGUGCGGUGGAUGGCCGACUUGCCCCUCGACCCUCAGGCGACCGUCAAGUGCAUCAAGGUGCUGGCAGCCAAGCAGCCGGGAGAUGACGAGAGUGCUAAGGGGAUGUUGUAUUUCCGAAAAUGGGUCAAACCGAUCCUCGUUGCCGCUGCUGUGGACUACGACAUGAUCGUCGGCGAGCGACACGGGUCUAUCACGAACCUCGUGUCAAAAGAGAUCCAGCACAAACGGCUGAUUCGCGCCGGGUUUUUGCAACCAGAUGCAGGCCCUACGCCUUCUCAGUCCGCACAAGCCCGGCAGGAACGCGAGCUGCAGGGCGGGGUGGUACUCGUCGGGCGGGCGACGUUUAAAGAGUACCUCGAGGGGCUGAAGCGGGGCUAUGGCGAGCCUGCCAGCUUAGGGCGGGGAGGGAGAGAGAGGGGAGAAGAUGAGGAAGACGCGCUUGUAUCUAAGGCGCUCGAGGGGGAUGGGGUAUUCGACGAGCCCCAUAUGGCCGACUCUACCUCAUCGGACAGCGAUUCAACUAUCGGAACGCCUCAGCCUGUUUCCCCCCAACUUCAGUCCUUCCGCAAUCCCCUCCUGCCUUCGUUCGAACUUCGCCCCUUGGCCCGCCUCUCCCCUUCACCGUCGGUCGUCCUUCCCCCAGAGACCUCUCUGCCCCCGCAACCUGCGCUCCUCUUGCUCCCUUUCCGCAACCUCGUCGGCAUCUCUCUCAUCCCGCGCCAGAUCUGGGGUUUCUUCAACAGGCGGUACUACGCCAAGAGCGGGGCAGAGAGCGCGCUCAUCUUGUUGAAGGGCGCGACGCGACCUUUUGACCCUGAGACGGACUUGGAGUUUGGGAAGGACGCGGAGGGCUUUUGGCCGGGCAAGUUUGACAAAGUUGACGAAGAGGUCGCUAAACGUAAGGCGGAGUACUACAAGGAGUUGACAAAAAAGCUGGCUACAGCGCGGGAGCUAGCGAAUGGCACGCACAAGCCUACCAAAGAGGAGGAACGGAACCCGCCCAAGACGGAGCAGGAGCUAAGGCAGGAGAGGUUCGAUAAGGAGAAAAGGUGGAAACGGGAGCUGGAGGGAUGGGAGGUGGUGAAGAGGAGCAAAAGGCCGGCUUGGGAACAGGGAUGGGAGGAGCAGAUGAGAGUUUUUGAGCAGGAGGGUGUGAGGGGGGCUAUUUAGUUAGUAUACACACUACCUUGGUUGAAUAACGUAGUAAACUGCAUUAUUGACUGUUGUGAA